CUAGUUCUUUCGAAAACUGCUUUCAACAUGCCUUUGAAGUCAAAAUUAACUUCACGAAGUCCAACUUCAAUACAUACACCACAGAAAACCUUAAAAUUCGUAAUUCCACCACACAUGGAGGAAAAAAACUCAUUAAAUCAUUCCACAUUGAACUGCCCUCAGCCAGCUAAAGAUUCUAUUACUUCUAAAGCAAAUACAGUUAACUUCACCUCCCAGCAAACACGAGAUAAUGGUGAUCAGUAUGGUCUUUUGGAAAAAGGGAAAGAUUGUGACGAAAAUCCAUCCAACCUAGUCAGUACAGAUGAUGAAGUCUCAAGUUUAAUUUUAGAUGUCAAUAACACAACGCUACACCCAACACCUUGUGAAUUAACUAAUUACGAUUCUUCUAGUUCACAGAGUAUGCAAGCUGAAGAUAUUUAUGGUUCCAUUUUUGCAGAAGAAAAAGAAACUGGUCAUAAAGAUAAGACGAUACCACAGCAACAGAUUACUUCUGCGGCAAAACAUACAAGAAGUAUUCUUAAAUCAAGACCACUCUCUCCGAAGACUUAUUUUGAUGGUACAUAUGAAUCCUUUCAAGACAAAAUUUAUUAUACGUUACAUGGAGCACGUGACAGUGUUGACCUCACUACAGUUCGCUUUCAAAUCGGUUGUGUUUCACCCAAUUUUGGCGAUGAUAGUAGUUCAAAUGAGCAUGUCGUGAAUACAUGCUACGUAUCUCCUGAAGCUAGAAAUAUCGAAUCACCUCGCAUAGCGCGAAAAACCGUACGAUUCGCAGACGAAGAAAUUGAUUUUAUGCAAACCUACCCAACAUCUAUGAAUCCUCUAUUUUCAAAUGUUUUUCCUCCAAGAAAUGACCCGGAUGUCGAUGAGGUAGCGUCAAUUUUUGGAAGUGAUACACCAUCUUCUCUGGAAGAAAACUUUACAAAAAUGCCAGAAAUAAACAAGUUUUGUAAUUAUAGUAAGUAUUUUAUGGCGGUAAAUUAA